AUGGCGAAGCUGUCGCUGUUCACCCCCUUCGUCACGCUUGCUUUGCUAGGCGGCGCACUCGCCUCCACCACCGUUGGUCCUGUAGGGCAGCUCACCCUGACCAACAAAGUCAUCGCACCCGAUGGCUUUCCCCAGCCCUGGCCCCUCAUCGCUGGAUACAAGGGGGACAACUUUAGGCUCAACGUCGUCGACAAGUUGACCAACCACACCAUGAACAUGACGACUAGUAUCCACUGGCACGGCCUGUUCCAAGCGCACACCAACUGGGCAGACGGCCCCGCGUUCGUGACGCAGUGUCCGAUCGCGUCUGGGAACUCUUUCCUCUACGACUUUUCAGUCCCGGAUCAAGCAGGGACGUACUGGUACCACAGCCACCUUGCGCUACAGUACUGCGACGGGCUGCGCGGACCGCUCGUCAUCUAUGACAAGCACGACCCGCUGAGGCACAUGUACGAUGUCGACGACGAGAGCACCGUUAUCACCCUCUCGGAGUGGUACCACAUUGCGUCUGUGCCGCGGGACGCCAUGCUGCCGCCGGGCCCCGCCCCUGACGCAACGCUUAUCAACGGACUUGGGUACUCCCCUACGACAACACAGGCGAGCUGGCGGUCAUCAACGUCACGAAGGGGAAACGGUUCCUACCGUUUCCGUCUCGUCUCUCUCUCGUGCGAGCCAUUGUACACCUGGAGCAUCGACAAGCAUAACAUGACCAUCAUUGAGGUCGAGGGAGUCAGCUCCCAGCCCCACACCGUCGACUCGCUCCAAAUCUUCACGGCUCAGCGUUACUCGUUCGUGCUCACAGCGGACCAGCCCGUUGACAACUACCUCAUCCGCGCGGUUUCAAACCAAGGCCCUUAUGGUUUCGCGAACGGCACCAACUCCGCCAUCCUGCGUUACCGCGGCGCCCCCAUCAAACAGCCUCCAGCGACUCCGGCCCCACCUAGUGUGGCACCUCUUGUCGAGACCGAUCUCCACCCGUUCAAGCGUAUGCCUGUGCCUGGCAAGCCUGUACGCGGCGGCGUCGACAAGGCGAUCAACCUCGUCUUCGACUACGAUGGUACCAACUACUUCCUGAACGGCCACACUUUCAGCUCGCCGAGCGUGCCCGUGUUGCUGCAGAUUCUCUCUGGCGCGUACACCGCGCAAGAGCUGAUGCCGGCGGGCAGCGUCAUCCCCCUGCCCGCGAACAAGACGAUCGAGGUGUCAUUCCCGGCGAACAACUCCGCCGCCGGCGGGCCGCACCCUUCCACCUGCACGGCGUACCACACGUUCGCUGUCGUGCGCAGCGCGGGCAGCAGCGUGUACAACUACCACGACCCGAUCUUCCGCGACACGGUCGACACGGGCUCGCAGGCGAACGGCGACAACGUCACGAUCCGCUUCGUGACCGACAACCCAGGCCGACAUCCCGGACAUCGCUCGGCGAACCCGGUGCCGGUCGAGUGGAAGAACUUGUGCCCGGUGUACGACGCACUGCCCGAGUGGGAGUACUGA